AUGGCGUCUGUGCAAGCGUCCCGCCGCCAGUGGUGCUACCUGUGCGACCUGCCCAAGAUGCCAUGGGCCAUGGUGUGGGACUUCAGCGAGGCCGUGUGCCGAGGCUGCGUGAAUUUCGAGGGCGCCGACCGCAUCGAGCUGCUCAUCGACGCCGCCCGUCAGCUCAAACGCAGCCACGUGCUCCCCGAAGGCCGUUCCCCGGGACCCCCGGCCCUCAAGCAUCCCCCCUCCAAGGAUCUGACGGCCGCCGGGGCCGCACCGGGACCCCAGUUACCACCUCCGCAGAACCAACCUCAGCCAUCCGGUACCGGAGGUGGAGGAGUCUCCGGUCCAGACCGCUAUGACAGGGCCACAUCGUCUGGACGCCUCCCGCUGCCCUCGCCGGCUUUGGAAUACACCCUGGGGUCCCGCCUGGCCAAUGGACUAGGCCGAGAGGAGGCGGUGGCGGAAGGGGCGCGCAGGGCCUUGCUUGGCUCCAUGCCCAGCCUGAUGCCCCCCGGGCUGCUGGCAGCUGCGGUGUCUGGCCUUGGAGGCCGAGCCCUCACGCUGGCACCCGGCUUGAGUCCUGCUCGUCCACUCUUCGGCUCCGAUUUCGAGAAAGAGAAACAGCAGAGGAAUGCGGACUGCUUGGCGGAACUGAACGAGGCCAUGAGGGGCCGGGCAGAGGAAUGGCACGGGCGUCCCAAGGCCGUGAGGGAGCAGCUCCUGGCACUGUCCGCCUGCGCCCCCUUCAACGUCCGAUUCAAGAAGGAUCAUGGACUGGUGGGGAGGGUGUUCGCCUUCGAUGCCACUGCCCGCCCUCCGGGCUAUGAGUUCGAGCUGAAGCUCUUCACCGAGUACCCGUGUGGUUCUGGCAAUGUGUAUGCAGGGGUGCUGGCUGUGGCUCGCCAGAUGUUUCACGAUGCCCUCCGGGAGCCUGGCAAGGCCCUGGCCUCCUCAGGCUUCAAGUACCUCGAAUAUGAACGCCGCCACGGGUCGGGAGAAUGGCGCCAGCUGGGUGAGUUGCUCACCGAUGGGGUCCGCAGCUUCCGCGAACCCGCCCCUGCCGAGGCUUUGCCCCAGCAGUACCCGGAGCCGACCCCUGCAGCUCUGUGUGGUCCGCCGCCGCGAGCCCCAUCCAGGAACCUGGCGACCACUCCACGCCGGCGCAAGGCAUCCCCUGAGCCCGAGGGUGAGGCCGCUGGCAAGAUGACCACCGAGGAACAGCAGCAGCGACACUGGGUGGCCCCUGGUGGCCCGUACUCCACUGAGACCCCCGGUGUACCCUCACCCAUUGCCGCCCUGAAGAAUGUGGCCGAGGCCCUAGGCCACUCACCCAAAGACCCUGGUGUGGGUGGAGGCCACGUGCGUGCGGGGGUCGGCAGCCCCGCAGCCUCCUCCACGACCCAACCUCCAACCCAGCAUCGCCUGGUGGCACGUAAUGGUGAGGCAGAAGUAAGCCCCACAGCCGGGGCCGAAGCCGUCAGUGGUGGGGGUAGUAGCGGCACAGGGGCGACCCCUGGGGCCCCCCUGUGCUGUACCCUGUGCAGGGAGCGGCUGGAAGACACCCACUUUGUGCAGUGCCCCUCGGUUCCAGGACACAAGUUUUGCUUUCCUUGUUCCCGGGAGUUUAUCAAGGCGCAGGGCCCGGCUGGAGAGGUGUACUGCCCCAGUGGAGACAAGUGCCCUCUGGUGGGCUCCUCUGUCCCCUGGGCCUUCAUGCAGGGCGAGAUUGCCACCAUCCUUGCUGGAGACAUCAAGGUCAAGAAAGAACGGGACCCCUAGGCCACCACUGCCACCAGGCUGCUUCCCCCUUCGUCCCUUGCCGCCCACCGCAGCUGCGGAUAAAUUAUUCCCUAUCCCACCCAACCUGGUAGUACCCCAGAUCUGUGUAUAUACCCCUUCCUCUGCCCAGAUGGGUCCCCUGAGGUAGAAGCAUUGUUGGUGUGAGGGGGAGGGAGGGUAAAAAGUUGUGGCUCCUGUCAGAGGUGGGUGUGUUGGGGUUCCUGGGCCUCUCCAAUUUCCCUUCUCCUUGGCUUGGCUUUCCUGUUGCUGGUAGUUGGGGGGGAGGUGCCCCACAGGCCCUUGAGAAGGGCUGAUCUGAAAACUCGCUCUUUAUAAACAAAGCAAAAGCAUUUUAUUGCCCCUUCUUCCUCCUUCAAUAAACUGAAAGAUGGGUUUUUCCCCCC